UCUCCACGUUAUCGUUCGUUAAUUUCUACACCUCGCUAGCUCUCCCUCUUCCUCGCGUCUCUUCUUUAUCCGAAAUUCCAGUUUUCUUAUCGGCAAAAACUUGCCGAAGUUGAAUCGUAAGCGAAUCAAAGGAAAGAAAGAUGUCGGGAGAAGCGGAAGAGUUGUUCAUCGGAUCGAUCGACCAGGGCACCACCAGCACUCGCUUCAUCAUCUACGAUCACAACGCCAAGCCCGUCGCCUCUCACCAGGUCGAGUUCACUCAGUUCUUCCCCCAAGCAGGAUGGGUGGAGCACGAUCCGAUGGAAAUCCUGCAGAGCGUGCGGGUGUGCAUGGCGAAGGCGCUCGACAAGGCCACGGCCGCCGGCUACAACGUCGACGCCGGCCUCCGAGCCAUUGGCCUCACGAACCAGCGGGAGACCACGGUGGUGUGGAGCCGAUCCACCGGACUUCCGCUCUACAACGCCAUCGUGUGGAUGGACGCCCGCACCAGCGCCAUCUGCCACCGCCUCAUCAAGCAGCUCCCCGGCGGUCGCGACCACUUCGUCCCCUCCUGCGGCCUCCCCAUCAGCACCUACUUCAGCGCCUUCAAGCUCCUUUGGCUCAUCGAGAACGUGGACGGCAUCGGGGACGCCAUCCGCUCCGGCGACGCCAUGUUUGGCACCAUCGACACUUGGAUGAUCUGGAAUCUCACCGGCGGCUGCGGCGCCUUCAAUCGCGAUGAGAAGCCCGUGCUUGGCCUCCACGUCACCGAUUGCUGCAACGCCUCCCGGACCAUGCUGAUGAACCUCCGAACCCUGCAAUGGGACAGCGCCACCCUCGAAACCCUGGGCAUCUCCCCCAACAUCCUCCCCAAAAUUAUCAGCAACUCGGAGACCGUCGGCAUGAUCGCCAACGGGUGGCCGACCUCCGGGAUCCCCAUCGCCGGCUGCCUCGGCGACCAGCACGCCGCGAUGCUGGGCCAUCUCUGCCGGAAGGGCGAGGCCAAGAGCACGUACGGCACCGGAGCUUUUAUCCUGCUCAACACCGGCGAGGAGAUCGUCAAAUCAUCUCACGGCCUCCUCACCACCAUCUCCUACAAGCUUGGCUCUGAGGCUCCCACCAACUACGCCCUGGAGGGAUCGAUCGCCAUCGCCGGCGCCGCCGUUCAGUGGCUGAGGGACGGCCUGGGAAUCAUCCACACGGCAGCGGAGAUCGAGGAGAUGGCGGAGAUGGUGGAUAAUUCGGGAGGCGUGUACUUCGUACCGGCGUUCAACGGACUGUUCGCGCCGUGGUGGCGCGACGACGCGCGCGGGGCGUGCGUGGGGAUGACGGCGUUCUCUAGCAAAUAUCACAUAGCACGGGCGGUGCUCGAAAGCAUGUGCUUUCAGGUCAACGAUGUGCUCUCUUCGAUGCAUAGCGAUGCAUGGGACGGCGGCGAGGUAAAAUCUAAGCAGGGCGAAUUCUUGCUUCGCGUUGACGGCGGUGCUACGGCUAACAAUCUCCUGAUGCAAAUUCAGGCUGAUCUAUUGGGCAGUCCAGUGGCCCGACCUACAGAUAUCGAAACUUCAGCGCUGGGAGCUGCUUAUGCUGCAGGACUAGCUAUCGGUGUCUGGACUGAAGAAUGGAUAUUUGGCUCUGGACACGAAGAAAAACACACAAUAUUUCAUCCCGAAUUAUCUGAAGAAGUGAGAAAAAGGAGGACUGAAUCUUGGCACAAGGCCGUGUCUAGAACUUUUGAUUUGGCUGACUUGUGAACUCAGAGCUCACCUAGCUACGUACUUCUGUAAAUGAUACAUUUACUAGAUCUUAAGUUUGCAGAAUAAGUAUUUGUCAGGAUUGUAGGUCCAUUUAGUCUUCGUUUCCUCAUUGAGCUUUUGAUCUAGAAUAUAAAGAAAUUGUCUUUGUCGUC